GCAGACGCGACCUCUUGAGGCGAGCGCGCAUGGUCGAGGAGAGGAAUGCGGACUCUUCGCUGUCCGCCGCGCAGCAGAACCUAGGCGAGGUGCGCUUCCCGGUCUCAAAGGGCCUCGCCGAUGCCGCCGCCGCGCUGCGGACGCAGGGCGUGCCCCAGCGGGGGGGGCCUGCGCAGUGCGCCGUCCUCCCGGGCCUGGCCGAGGUGGCCCGGCAGCGGCAGCCGCCAGCGCUGCACGCAGGCGCCGCAGGCGGCUUGCAGCACCCCGCAGCGCUGCAGCCUUCGCUUCCCCUCGGCGCGGCGCCGAUGCACGCGAGGGCGGGGGUGCUGUCCGGCGUGUCUCCCGGCGUCGCCUUCCAGGCGCGCGGCCCGACGCCAGCCCACCGCCUGGCGGGUGUCGGCGCUCCGCCGCGCGCGCUUGGCCAUCCCGUGCUCCUUCCCCCCGGCGCGCCAUCCCCGAUGCUCGCCAUGGCGAGGCCAGACGCGGCCGCCGCCGCGUCCGAGCAGGGCGGCCUCGUUUGCGUCUCCUCCUCACGGGAGGCGCCGCAGGCGAUUGCGCACGCAAUGCCAUGGGGGGGGCUGCCUCAGGGCAUGGCGCAGCGGCCGUUUGUGCCACCGCCGCAGGGCACGCCGCAGGCUCUCGCGCAGGCCAUGGUGCAGUCGCAGAUGCCAAACACGCCGCAGGCUCUCACGCAGGCCAUGGCGUGUUCGCAGAUGCCGAACCUCAUGCGGCAGAUCCCGCCGCGGAUGCCGCAGCUGCCGCAUGGGGCAAUGCCGCUCUCCCGCACGAUGCCCGUGCUCCCGCAGCAGCGCAGCUUCCCGGGCUCCGGCUCUGCGUCGCCGCGGGUGAUGUCCAGCGCGGCGGGCGAACCGCGGUCGCCGGCAGCUGCAUGGCCAUCCGGCUGCCAAGUGGAGGUGCGGUGCGACUCGGACGCCUGCCUGCUCGGCGCGUGGGCCGAGGCCGAGGUGCUCUCUGCACAGGGCGGGCUGGUGCGUGUGCGGCUGCGCUGCCUCGCCCUCGAGGGGGAAGAGCGCACGCUGCGGGCGUCCGUGGUGCGCCAGCGGCCCCGGCCCGAGGCCGUCUCCUGGUCGGUCGGCGACUUGGUCGAGGCGCGCGUCGGCGGCGUCUGGCGCGAGGCGGAGGUGUUGCAGCUGCCUCCCAACCCCCCAAACGGCGCCACCAACGGCAUUCGCCUGGUGCUCGUCAAGCUGCACGCCAACCGGUUGUGGCUCGACUGGGCAGCCCUCCGCCGGCGCGGGCAGCCGCUGCGAGACGCCAACGGUGUCAGCGGUGCCAACCCGCCGAUCGGCAAGAGCAGCGAGCCGGUGGGCCUCGGGCGCAAGCGCGACCGCUCCCGCGAGCGCAGCUCGCGCCGCCCGACGGGGGCCAGCGACCGCUCGCUGCGGCCACACCAGCGAGGCGCGUCGCUGGCGCAGCAGCUGUCGGGCCAGGCACAGGAGGCGGCCACGCCGGCGAUCUCGUCCCGGAGCGCGUCCACGGAGCGGGUGCCCUUUCGCCGCUCGAGCUCGAGCCUCGACGGCCUUCGCGCCGAUUUCUUGCAGCCGGCGACGUCCGGCGACGAGCGGCUCCGAUGGAAGCUCCCCCCGGGGGUGUCGGGCGGCCAGACGCUGCUCAUCAGCGUGCGGAGGCCGCCCGAGCUGGUCGAGGGUUUGCACGUCAAGCUGCCGUCGACCGCGCGGGCGGGAAGCACAAUCACAAUCACCCUUCCGCGGCCUGUGGCCGGCGGCGCCCCCGAAGCGGAGGUUGCACCGGCCGCCCCACGCAGCAAGGGGGAGAGGUCGCUCAAGCGCGGCGGCAACGCGGGCGACGCGGCCAGGAAGGUUCGUCGCCUGUCGUCGCACGACACGCUGCUGCUCGAGAUGGCGGACGAGGCACAGGCGGCGCUGCGGGUGUUCCGACCGGGUAGCAGCGCGCCCUCUGCCGCGCCGCCGCACGAGCAGGAGCACUUGGGCGAGCUGCACUCGUCGCCCGAGUGGCUCGAGGCGUGGCUGCUCUGCUCUGUCGUGCUCCCUCGGCUGCACGUGCCGGUGCCCACGCUGGCCGAGCUCGAAGAGUGGGUGUGCGCCGCGCCUUGCCUGCACGUCGUCGGCGCAGUCGAUUUCGCGGGGGGGCCGCCGCUGCCGCCGACCCGCACGGCCGUGGUGAGACCCGACGCGCUCGGCGCGCUGCACGCAGAGCUCCUCGUGGCGCUACUAACGGAGGGCGUCCCGGCAGGCCCGGCCGGAGCCGGGGAGGCUGUAUGCCGAUUGGCCGACGGCGGCGAGACGGCGGCUUGGCUGCGGCGCGACGGUUGGAUGCACGGGCUCUGCACCGCCUUGCGCGCGGGGGUCUGGGCCAAGACGUACCCAGACACGGCCUGCCCGUUUGUCGCAAGCGCCGCAGCAGUCCCGCCUCCGCUCGAGCGCAUUUCCUCAGCAGAGGACAAGGCGAAGGGCUCCAAGUUUGGCCAGUGGGUGACCGAGAUUGGACCGCCCAUCUGCGGCACAUUCGGUUGCGUGCUUCCCAACAACCACGCCGGGCUACACCAGCUUCCCAACAGCGGGCCGCGGGGCGGGCGCUUGCGGCGAGAGGCGAGCGCAGACUCCACUUGUGCCAAGGUGCCAGAGGCGCUCUCGCCAACCCCAGCCAAUCCUCCGCCUGCGGAGGGGAUCAACGCGCAGCUCGCAGUGGAUCCGGCCCUCUUGUCUGCGGCCGAGGCGCUCGCUGCGGCAGCCGCCGCCCCGACGGACGAGGCGCGCUCCGCCGGGCUGCUGCCGUACGCGCAGGCGCGGCCGCUCCACCGCGUGCUGGCGUUGCGCGCACUCUUGCUCGCGCUCGUCUCGCCCGCUGAGCGGAGGAAGGUGCGCACGGCCGCGCUCCGCUGCCACCUCGGCUCUUGCUUCGACGCCGACUAUUGGGCGGUGACGUCGGCCUCUCGCGUGUACCGUUGCACCAAGCCGGGAGGGGCGCAGCAGACCGGCGAGCUGCCCAUGGGCUGCCGGUGGGAGGCGGUGUGCUUGGAGCGCGAGGACUUCGCCACCUUCUGCAGCACGCUCGCCCGCUGCUGCGUCACGCCGCCCGAGCUGAGCCAGGCCGGCGCUUCGCGCCCGCAAACGGCUUGCCUCGCGAUGCUGGGUCGGCUGCGAGACAGACUCCCCGCGGCUGAGCACGGUCUGCUCGAACCGCCGCCGUUGCCCACGCCGGUGGCAGCAUCCGAGCCGCGGCACGAGGCGAGGCCCGCCCCGGCCGCUCGGGCAGGCUGCCACGACGUGGCCGAGCGACGCGACCGCGAUUCGGAGCGAAAACGGGAGAGGAGCGGCAGCAGCAGGCGGGAGGCGCGAGGCGAGCAUGGGGCGGGGCCAUUGGCGGCGAGACCCGAGGCUAGCGGCAACGGGGCGGAGCAGCUCGGCGACUCGUUGCCACGGGACGGCGCGAGCGCACUUGUGGAGCGGCCGCCCUCACCGCCGCACGUCCGCGUGCAGCUCUACGCGCGGAGGGUGCCCGUGGGGCACAGGCAGCUCGACGUGCGCGCGUGCCUCAAGCUGAGCAUCCCGCGGCAGCGCAAGCUCUCCAGCACGCUCCGCUUUCACCAGCAGGAGGCGGGCCCGCAGCAUUGGCACGACCCUCGCCACCACAAGCUGUCGGCGACGUCUCCACCGGCGCCGGGCUCCGCCGCGCUGGCAGCCGGGCAGCCCGGGGCGGUGCUUCUGAACGAGGAGGCGGACGCUGCCGCCGGCGUGCUACCACAAAAGCGGGCGGCGCGCCACGGCAAGGUUGCGGAUCGAGUUUUGGCGCGCGCCAUCGGGGCCGGGGGAGAGCCACAGUACUUGGUGGCGUGGAAGGGGCAGGCGGAGAGCGACAGCACUUGGGAGGCGUGGUCUUCGCUGGAGAAUUGCGACAGCCUCAUCCGACAGCUCCACGCGGCGGAGCUUGCGAGCGGCAAGCUGCUUCCGCACUGGUCGCCCGCGUGCCCAGAAAAGUUCGACUCCGACCCCGAGCUGCCCGGCUGGCGCAUUCUGGCGCGGCGCACGCAAUCGGGGCGCGAGACGAAGACCUAUUACGGCCCGUUGGGCGAGCACGCGCGCUCGAAGACAGUCGCCGUGCAGCUCUCCAAGCUGUACGACUUGCCCGCGCUUACGGCUUGAGCCAGCGCUGCUGCCGCCGCUGUAUAGCGUCUUGCGCGCUAUACAUGAUCGUUGCGGCCCACGGUGGGUCGCCCCUUGUUGCUCUCCCCGCGACUGGACCGGAACACCCUCUGGCUCCGGUUCCGGCCAAGGUCUCCCCGGCCGCGACCCUCCCCUUACUGCUGGUUGCCUACCGUACUCUUUGCCAAAGGCUGUCUUUGUGUUUUUCUUCAAGGUUCCUUUAGAGG